AGAUUAGUGGGCUAGCGAAGGAAGGGGCGCUGGUGGAGUUGGAGGUGGUUGCUGAGGCCUAGUGGCAUUUUCACUACUGAGCGCGCUGCUUAGCUGCUCUAUAGAACUGAAAAUCUUCCUCUGUCGCACUCAUCGUCCACUCUGCUUCAUACGCCGAAUCGCCGCAACCACUACGAGCCGAAGCUAAAAUCAUGGCCACUCAGAACGUCCCAGACAACGAGCCGGAAAAAUUGUCGCCCGAUAAUAAACCGUUCCGCUUCCUAGAUCUUCCAGGUGAGCUGCGCAAUCGCGUGUACGAGGAGAUCAUCCCGCAUCAACCCGUCCGAUUGCAGUGGACACCGCGCCCCGAACCAGGCUGCUACCUCCACCUUUCGCUGGCCAACGCCAACAAGCAAAUCCGGGCCGAGUUCCGCCCUUUAUACGUAGAGCAUACGCGAAUCGAAGUUCGGUGGAAGGAUCUUCUGGCGUAUCUGGAGACAUUCUUCCAGAGGGUGCUGGAAGGCCCCAAGCCUAAAGACCUUACAAUCAAUCUCCACCCCGACGAUUACGGCGAUAGCGUGGACGUUCUUCCGUUCAUCAAGCUGACCGGCAACCUUCAGAACCUGAAGUGUCGCUUUCAGUCCGACCCGCGCCUAGGCUGGUAUAGUCACAGCACCACCUAUCAUUCUAUUGUCCUGGAAGACAUCUUCGACUACUUCCACUACACCGCACAAGCUUCUCUUUGUGCCGGGUUGCUACGCCACGUCUUAUUGCACAAGCUAAGCUGGAAUGCGCCAGUCGACUUAGUGCUGAUCAAGCCGCCGAGCGCCAUGACCUUUGCGGAGAGGACGGCAGUGGACACUUUUUCUAGUCGUAUGGGGGGAAACUUUAGAGUGCUCAUAUACGUUGACGGGAAGCCGGAGAAGAAGUGGACGAGAUUGAUGUGGCUAACAAUGGAAGAGGGAGAGGGCGUCACGUAGCCAAUUUCCGAGCAACCGCAGUAUCGACUCAAUAGGGGUAGACUGCCCUUUCUGUGAAGAUCAGAUGCCAGUCGACCUGGAAAGAAUUUACAAUGGUUGAAUCCGACACAAAUCGAUCUAUUUGUUGCUUUAUGACCAGGCCGUUCCAAUCGAUCAGUCCUAGUGAGAUUCCAUCUUUGAAUCACACAUGGGCGGUAAGCGGAG